AUGCGGUGGCCCUUGAAGCCGGCGACGCGCAAGAUCUCUCACAACCAGCUGUUUCCCGAGACGCAGCACCCUGAUCUCCCUCUGUCGCCGCGACCCCAGUCCCGCAGCCCCCGCCCUCAGGGUAGCCCCAACCUCAAUCGCAGCGCGACAGUCAGCGAACGGAAUUUCAACUCCACAUACGCCGGCGACAGAAGGUCUAUUGCUAUCGAGCCGGGCUUCGACCAGAACGUCCCCUUCUCCCCAGACGACUUCCCGCAGGCCUCGCCGCCAUUGACCGGAGGGCUUUCCCGGUCGCAGACGGUGUCGAGAAGAGAAGGCGCGCGUAGGAACGAGUACGCGGAGCCGUCGCCAGCACCGCUGUGGUCGCCGGAUUUCGUACAGCUGCCGACGCCCAGCGAGCAGCCCGAGGCCCAACCGGAGUAUAUAUACGAGGUCGCGGCGGAGCCCAUGAGCGCGCAAUAUUCGACAGCCCCGGGCAAGACAUCGUCCGACAGCGGACACAGUCCCGCCAAUCUGGAUCGCUGGUCGCAACGCCGGCUGCAGCGGCUGAACACCGAACAAGGCUUCCGGGAGCAGAGGCAAGGCGGCGCGCAGGGGGUCCUGAGCCCUCCGGGGUCGCUGAGCGAGCAGCAGGGCUACAACAACGCACCCUAUCCAGCACAACCGCAGGAAGCACAGCCACAAGCAGCCUAUCACCAAGCGAGUCAGCCGCAGCCGCAGCAUCCUUCAACGCAGCCGUCCACCUAUCACAGCUCGCGCACGGUCCCGUCGAGCCACACCAACACUGGGCUCGCUAUACAUACCCAACCGAUCAGCACGUCCUCUCGCGGCCCCAACUACACUUCUCAGGAGUCCUUGCAGCAACAAAACUCCCAAUACUCUCCCCCGGACGCCGGCGCAUCGUACCUGUCACAGGAAACCUCCCGACCGCAACUGGCGUCAUCGCGCAGCUACAGCAACCCACAUCAGCAGCAAUCGUCCGCAGGCGCCGAGGAGCCGUCCAUGUCCUCGAACAACAAUGGCAGCUUGCCAGCACCACGAGCGCAGCGUUCGGGCAACUCGAACCGGCAGAGCAUGCACAAUGGAUUAAACUCUCGGGAAGGCUCGGCUCUCGGCGGGCAGAACGGCGGUCAACAGGGCGUACCUGCUUUCAAUGCCUCUGUCGUCCCCGCCGCCAGCCAAGGCAUGCCCUCGCAGGCCACUUCACAGGGCAAGUCGGGAGACGUCACCGUGGGACGAAUAACGCCACAGCCCACGCAAUCCAGCGAAGACAUGACCGAAGAGGAUGUCAACCAGCUGAUUAAAGAUCACAAGGAGUUGCGCGAGAAGUAUACCAAAGUCAAGAAGUACUACUUUGAAAAGGAAGACCAGGUCAAGCAGCUGCAGAACAGUCUCGCCCACCAACGCCUCUCCCAAUCACGAACAUCACUCGACGACAGCGAAUACAGCACACGCUUCAACCGACUCGACGGGCUGGUUGCGCAAUUGGCCUUCAGUAUUCGUAAGAGCUGGAAGAGCGUGCCGCAAUGGCUGAUGGGUUCGGUGAACCGGGAUGCGGUUGCGACUGGCAAGCAAGAGAUGACAGCGGCUGGCAGAGCCUUCAUAUCAUGCUGGAUCGUGUCGGAGGUGUUCGAUAAGAUCUUCCACCCCGACCUGGAACCCACACUCUCCGCGCAGCUCAAAUCGAUACAGACCAACAUUCGCCGAUCGGCACCACCCUCACAAACCUCGGAAGACGACGAGAACCUCACUUCGAAAGUCGUCAGCUGGCGGCUGUCCACUCUUGAAGGUCUGCAAGAGUCACUUCGCUCACCGUCAUGCGCCGACAACCGUACCUACCUCACCGAGUCGCUGCAAGAAGGCCUUUGCAGCGCACUCGCAACCCACCUCCACGACCCACCUCCUUCCGACCUCGAGGGCGGUGUGCACAUGAUCGUCGAGCUCGUCGUCAGCAUCGCCAUCCACCUCCCCCUCGAGAGCCGCGACGUCAACAUCCAGUACUACAUGCCCGGCCACAGCAUCCUGCAAGACCAGAUGAAGCUCGAAUCCGGCAUCCCACCGCUCCAAUACUCCGCGCUAGACGACGCGGCAGAGCGCUCGAGCAUGCGCAGCGCGCACAGCGAUAUGACGGACAACACCGAGGGCGGGGGCGGCAAUGGACACGGCGGUGGCGAUAAGACUUCUAAGGGGAGGAGUAUGUUGAGCGCCAUCACCGGCGGGAGCGGUGGCCGCGAGAAAGAGCGCGAGCGCAAGAGCUCCGAGCAGCGGAAGCAGGCGGCGGGCGCGACGGGGAGUUCGAGCAGUUUGAAUCGACCCGAGAGCUCGCAGGGGGUGAGGGAUAUGCCGCGCGUAAGGAUGGCGGCCGGGAUUGGGGUUGCGGUUCGGGGCAGGAGCGUGUUGGUGAAAGCGCCGGUUUUUGGGACGACGUGA